GCGGGGCCAGGAGAGGGGUGGAGACAGAGCCACUGCGGUCAGUCAGGGACAAAAGCUGGCCGCGAUCCAGGCAGCCCGCUGCCCUUUGCAGAGUCCCACAGACGGCACCUCCAUUUGUACACGCUCAGCUCGCUGACAGUAACAGGGUCAGCCGCCAUGCAGCUCUUCCUUCUCCUCGUGUGCCUGCUGCUCCUCAGCCCCCAGGGAGCCAGCUUCCGCAGCCGCCACCGCUCCCGGGAGAUGAAGAAGAAAGUCAAGGAAACCCCUGGAGGGGUCAUGGUAACCCCCAGCAAGAAGAACUUUGUCUUUGACCUCUAUCGGGCCUUGGCUUCCAGCGCCCCAGACCAGAACAUCUUCUUCUCCCCAUUGAGCGUCUCCACAAGCCUGGCCAUGCUGUCCCUGGGGGCGCACUCCAGCACCAAGGCGCAGAUCCUCGAGGGCCUGGGCCUUCAACCCAAGGCCCACUCAGAGUCUGAGCAAGAGCAGCAGGUGCACCAAGGCUUCCAGAAGCUUCUGCAUGAGCUCACACAGUCCAGAGAGGACCUGCAGCUGAACCUCGGCAACGCUCUGUUCAUCGACCCGGAGCUGGUUGUUCAGGACACCUAUCUGAAUGCCAUGAAGACACUGUACCUGGCAGAUGUUUUCUCCACCAACUUCAAGGACCCUGCAGGGGCCCAGAGGCAGAUCAAUGACUACGUGGCCAAGCAGACCAAGGGCAAGAUUGUGGACUUGCUCAAGCAUCUGGAUAGCUCCAACAUCAUGGUCAUGGUGAAUUACAUUUUCUUCAAAGCCAAAUGGGAGACGAGCUUCAGCCCCAAGUUCACCCAGGAGCAGGACUUCCAUGUGAGCUCAGAGACCACCGUGCAGGUGCCCAUGAUGAGUCGUGAGGACCAAUAUCUCUACGUCCUGGACCAGAACCUUUCCUGCACGGUGCUGGGGCUCCGUUACCAGGGCAACGCCACUGCUGUCUUCAUUCUCCCUGGAGAAGGCAAGAUGAGGCAGGUGGAGGAUGGGCUGAGUGAGAGAACACUCAGGAAGUGGCUCCGGACGUUCACCAAGAGGCAGCUGGAGCUUCAUCUCCCGAAGUUCACCAUUGAGGGCUCCUACCAACUGGAGAAAGUCCUCCCCAAGCUGGGCAUCCAGGAAGUCUUCACUUCCCAGGCUGACCUGUCGGGCAUCAGCAGCUACUCCAACAUCCAGGUGUCCGAGAUGGUGCACAAAGCCGUGGUGGAGGUGGACGAGUCGGGGACAAGAGCCGCUGCAGCCACAGGGACCAUCUUCAUGUUCAGAUCGGCCCAGAUCAGCGCACCCAAGGUCAUGUUCAACAGACCCUUCCUUUUCCUCAUUGUGGAUGAUGACAGCAAUGUCCUCUUCUUGGGCAGAGUGGCCCAGCCCUGAGGUGGUGGCUUUUCCUGAAUUGCGCUGGCUCCCACAGCCCAGCCCAUCUCCCUGCUUACUCCUGGUGGCUGGCACCUGACACAGGUCUAGUUGGCUAAACGAAAUUCUUGCACCGGU